AUAUACGAGAUAGUUUUGUUGGUGUUGACAUCGGUUGACUUUCUUGGUAUGAAGAAACAACAUGUAGGAUAUUUACAUUGGAUCUUGUUAUCAGAUUACUGACCAAUUGCAACUUCUUCUGAAUAGUUUAGGGUUGUAAAUGGACUCUAGUAAAUGGUCAUUGCCUAGUUACUCUGUUUGCUUUAUGUGUGAAUUGGUGAAGCAAGAAUGCUGCAGUUACCUUUGCAUGGGAUACAACAGAAAACCUCUGUACACACUGGGUGUGCUGCAUAUCUUAUCUCGAAAAUAGUAUCUUGAAACCGGCGUGGGGUGGAUAUCAACUAGUGUUACCAUUAAAUAAUCAGUUGUGGUGUAAUAAGACAUACUCUCGACAAGUACAGAGAAUAGCCAACUUCUUGUUUCUUGUGGAUCUUUAAUUGUGAAUAAUUCAUUUGAGACCUUCGUGACAUUUGAUGUUCAGACAUUUUGGUGUAUUAACCUUGUAAUGGACAGACAAUGUUCAGAGAACUGUAUCCAAGGGUAUAAACCAUGGUGAGCUGUAAAUGAGGAGUAUCUUUGAGUUGGUUGCAAAUUCAACUCUAGUGCUUCUCAUGAUUUGAUGAGUCAUAUUACUCAUUAUUAGUAACAAGUAAGUGCCUUCUGGACUUGGAUCUAAUCAAGAUUGCAAACCUUCUAUGCCAUGUUGAAGUUCAGAGGUGGGGCUAAGUCAGGAGAGAAUAAGUCUCUGGAAGAUUCUGAUGUCGUACAAGAUGGUGAUUCUGUUGACACAGAUGGGACUUCCACACUGCCUCAGGUUUGUGUCACCAGGGAUGAAGGCACUACCAACAAUGGUAGUGAGACACCUACUUUGGAACGGAAGAAGAAAUCAAGGGCAAAGAAGGUGUCCAAUGCUGCUGGGAAGUUGCUCAAGAAGAAGAAGAGGAAAGAAGGUGGCAGUGUGACUGACGAUAGCAUCCUGGAUGAUAGUGUUGUUGAGGAUACUCCCACUAAGAAUGGGAGCUUGGAAGUAGAAGCGGAUGGAGAGGAAGAGAGGAAUAACAUAGAUAAGAAGACAGAGAAUGGCAAUACUCUGGACACGCCAAAGAAAAAGGAAAAGAAGAAGGUGGAUAGGGACAGACGAAGAACCAAUGUACCAGACUUCUCAAAAGUAUUGAGGGAAGCAAAAUUCAGCAACAUACGAGGGUCUAACAAGCCUAAUCGUAAGGAGAGUUCAGCCAAGCAGCCGCGGAUACCCCAAUCCAGGCAGAAUGUUGCUGAUGAAUCGGCCGAUGCUCAGGCGGAGUACGAGAGGUCUCUGGAGGCUAAUCUCACGGACAAUGAAGUCCUUGCAGCCUUUGAGAGAAUGCUGGUAAGUUCUUGGUUAAAAUUUCUCCAAAGCAGGUUCUUCUGUAGGGUUUAAUGCACACACUCCUUGAUUUCAGGUAGAAUGAUUGUAUUCCAAGGGGUUCAUGCUACUCCCUAUUUUUUCCUUGUUUAUCAGUGUGUUUACAAAAUAAUAGACAUGGUAGGUUCUUUGGGAGUUUUGUAUAUGUCAAUUUUAUUAAUGUAAUAUUAGAAUAAAGAAAUAUUGAAAACAUGUGUCUCAUCCCAUGUGUGAACUCCUUGAUUUAUUCACCCCUGCCAUCCACAUCCCCAUCACCCUACCCACCCCCCACCCCCCCAAAAAAAAAGAUAAUUAUAAUUCCUCCAAAUAAGGAGAAAGAAGGGAAGCUUUAUAUUAUAAGAAGCUCUAGAACAGUUGAAAAUAUGAUUUAAUUUUCUGAUUCAAAUUGCAUAACAUGUAUAUCAGUCUUUCCUUUUCACUGUGAUGUUUUUCCUUUAGCAAUUUACAACAACAAUUAAAUAUGCAGUGCCCUCUUGAUAGCAUAUCAUUAAAUUACAUUAAUUCCACGAGGUAAAAUCGACUAUCACAAAGAAGGACUUAAAUAAAGACACAGUAACAGAGGUGGAUACAUGCAGUAUAUUUUAGUCAGAUAAGUGAAAGUACGGGCACAAUAAAUGCCAUCCUCUGCAUUCAACCAGUACCAGUAUAAGUAGCUUUUCUGUGCAAAAGUAAUGGCAACGUUUGUCUUCUCCCCCAUAAACAAAGCAGAGGUAUUGGAUGUCAAUAAUAAAAUAUACAGUGGGGAGGGAAUAUUAUACAUAAUAAAACUGAAUUUCAAAUAAAGAUUCAAUCUCAAGGUCUGUAUUUCAGUCUUACUACUAUUCCACCUAUGCAUUUAAUCUUUGAAAGAGCAUGUAUUGUCUUUAAUAUUCUGAAGAUGUACAAGUGAUAUUAGUAAAACAGCCAAAGACUAUAUAUGUAUACAUGUGUAAGACUAGAAGUGCAAUGACAUCUUUUUACACUGGAAGCGCUGUUCUGAAAAAUGUUGAAUUCAAUCAUGGUUGUGUUCAAUAUAUUUUUCACGUAUUGUAAAAAUAAAUAAUGUUUUUUUAAAUGCAAAAAUCAAAUGGAAUUCUAAUUCAAGAAAAUCACAUUAAUACACACU